CAAUCCAAGAACCAGAGAUUAAUCCCAAACCAGAAGAGGAAAGUACACGUAAUGGAUGACAUUUCUCCUGGUUCAGAUGUCUGUUGACAGAAGUUCUUCCACAACAUGAACAAAUGGCUUCUUUAUUCCCAAAAUCGACACUAUCAAGAGGUAAAGCUGAAGUAUAUGUGGCAGCAGUGCCUCUGAGAGCCACAAGAGGAGCAGCUCAGCUACUCAUGUCCACUGCUUAUUCUCUCAAUCUCUGGGAUUUGCAGCACUUCAUGGUCAUCAUCAAAUCUCACCAACCGCAGCCACCUCCUCCUUCUCAGGCCUUUAUAGUUUUUGAUUUUCAGCCAAAAGACCCUGAAAAUAUAUACACAGCGCUUGCAGUUCUGUCUGGUAGAGCAGUGCCAGGAGCUGUUCUUGUGCGGAAGUUGGCAAAGUUGCCAAGAAGCAAAUGCUGGUUGAUUGGAUCCUCUGAGGUGGAUGCUUUAAAUGUUGCAACGGAAUUCAGUAACGGCUGGGAAACCUGUUUAAGAGUUGGUCGCCAUGACUGUCGCGAUUAUACAAAUGCCUAUUAAUUUAUUCUUUUGCAAACUGGAAGGAUUGGUAGAACUCCUCACCGGUGAAAGAAAUGUGUUAAUGCGACUGAGAAGCAGUGACAGUCAAGGUUAAAGUAUCAAUUGAAGGCUUCAUGAACAUAGUCUGCUCUCACGUGUUCAAGCUGUGCUGUGGAGAACAAUAUUGUUGGUCAUGAAGAAACCAUGUAAAAUUAUUCUUGCUUGACCAAGCUACACAAGCUUGCCAAGUUCUAUGUUCUAUUAUUCUCUGAUGUCUAUGCCUCCAACUUGUGAUGAA